UGCACAAUAGAAACCCAAUGUACCUUUUUUGCAUCAGAGCGAGUAUAAAAGUUACGCGUCCCGCUGACAGUAUUACACAGCAGCCACAGCUAAGUGCUGAACAGCAACCAGAACCAUGAUGGGCAAGAUCAUCUUCUACGAGGACAGGAACUUCCAGGGUCGCCACUAUGAGACCAGCAGCGACUGCGCUGAGCUCACCUCCCACCUGAGCAGGUGUCACUCCUGCAGGGUGGAGAGCGGCUGCGUCAUGGUCUACGACCGUCCCAACUACAUGGGAAACCAGUUCUUCAUGAGGAAGGGCGAGUACUCCGACUACAUGAGCAUGAUGGGAAUGUCCGAUUGUAUCAGGUCCUGCCGCAUGAUCCCCAUGCACAGAGGCCAGUUCAGGAUGAAGAUCUUCGAGAGGGAGAACUUCCAGGGACAGAGUCAUGAGCUGAUGGACGACUGCGACAACAUCAUGGACCGUUACCGCAUGAACGACUGCAUGUCCUCCCAAGUGAUGGACGGCCACUGGCUGAUGUACGAGCAGCCCCACUUCAGAGGCAAGAUGAUGUACCUGAGGCCCGGAGAGUACAGGAGCUUCAGGGACAUGGGAAUGAGCGGCACAAGGUUCAUGAGCAUGAAGCGCAUCAUGGAUUCCUACCAUUAGAAUCCCGAUGUAAAAAAGAAUAAAAACACAAACGGGAACGGGAGAUGACAUGGACACUAGAACAUCAUAAUUCCAAAUAAAGAUUAUAAUGUUUACAACGUGA